AUGUCGGAGCCGGAUUACGAGGUUUACAAGCUCGGGGACUGGGACCUGCAGAGCGGGGAGAAGAUUGCUGAUGCACAUAUCGCAUACAAGACCUUUGGGGACCCCCACCUCCCGGCCAUUGUUUACCCCUCUUGGUUUUCGGGUGCCAUCUCGGACAAUUUUUGGCUAAUCGGAGAAGAUAAGACCCUCAACCCGAAGGAAUUCUUUAUUAUCAUCACAGCCCUCUUUGGCAACGGGCAGUCGUCGUCUCCUUCAAACCAGCCCACCUCUAAACCCUUUCCCAAGGUUUCGUUCUACGACAAUGUCCGCGCCCAGCACGAGCUCGUCACCAAGCACUUCGGCAUCACACACCUGCGAGCCGUCUUGGGCUGGUCUAUGGGUGCCGGUCAGACCUACCAGUGGGCAACGCAGUACCCGGAUUUCAUGGACAUUGCAGUACCAUUCUGCGGCUCAGCGAAGACAUCCCUGCACAAUCAAGUAUUUUUAGAGGGUGUCAAAUGUGCCUUGCUUGCUGUCAAAAAUACUCGAUCGGCCGGGUCUGGCAAGGUUGGAGUGCAGGAGAGCUCCCUGGAGGUUCGAGUGUGGAGUGACAGGGAUAGAGAGGUUGGUCUCAAGGCCAUGGGGAGAGUUUAUGCGGGGUGGGGCUUCAGCCAGGCCUUCUAUCGCCAGAAGCUCUAUGAGUCAGCCCUGGGAUACAAAGACCUCGAAGACUUUUUGGUGAAUUUCUGGGAAACGUGGGCUUGCUCGAAAGAUCCCGAGAACCUGUUGGUGAUGAUGCAAACCUGGCAGAACGGGGACGUCUCCCAGCAGGAGCCAUACAAUGGAGACUUUGAGAAAGCAAUGGCCGGGAUCAAGGCGAAGACACUCGUUCUGCCAGCGAAGACUGACCUUUACUUCCCGCCCGAAGAUUCCGAGUACGAGGUCGCGUGUAUGAAUCCUGGCGUUGGAAAGCUGGGCGUCUUCCCUUCUGUCUGGGGACACUGGGCAGGAGGCCCCGGCGAUAGCAAGGGGGAUGUGGAAUGGUUGGACAAGCAGCUCUCAGAGUUCUUUGCGGAAAAUCCGCCAGAUGGCGUUGACGCUCUGGGUGAGAAGCUUCAGGGUGCGCUGUGA